UAUGCACCAAUGAAAAUUGGUGGCUCAGUGCUGAGCAAAUUAAAAGCCAAAAUAUUGACAAUAAAACCGCUAAGCUGCUAAAGCAGCUAUUUCUUCGAACACAUCAACUUUUCGCAAAUUCUCAAAUCUUGAAAGCGCGGCUCCCGUGUUUUUUUGCGAUGACUGUUGCGUAUCGUAACGCGAUUGACAACAGUUUACGGUGAGGGCCUUUAAAAGUGGGUUGAUAUGUGGACCCGCGGCAUGGUAUGGAGUGAUCCUUCUGUCUAAACACAGCAACAAGAGGAUCAGCAUUGGUGGUACUGAGGUGGGAAAAGCAGGUGCCUAAGGAUGAGCACGGCAGCAGCUGUGGACACUUUGGAGGCUCUGUUUCGCAAGGUGGACUCGGAGGUCGAGUCGAUCUGCCGCGACCUGGACGUGACCUCGACUGGAGACCAGGCGACGGUGGGUGAUGUGGCCCGGAGGCUGGUGAAGGUGCGCCAGACUUUCGACACGCUGAAGCAGGAAGUGGAGACGCUGCAGAAGGAGAGGCAGCAGUGCAUAGACAAGUUUGAUGCUGAGUUCCAGCUCUUCGGCGAGCUCUUCGACCAACUGAACGCCAAAGUUGGACCGGUGCCUGCCCUGGACGAACAGAACUCCAACCAUUAAUACGAUGGCGCAGGCGGACGAGCGGAACUUCCGCUCGCAGUACUACGAGAAGAUGGGCUUCCGCUGUGUGGAGGAGAAGCGCUCGCUGGAGCCGCUGCUGCGCGAGACGCCGGUGGACGGCGCGCGACUGGCCCAGUUCGUCCGACUCCACCUGGUGCCCGGCAUCUACCGGCCGCUGGUCUGGCGGCUGCUGCUCAAAGUCCAGCCGUGCCACCCGGAGGCGGCCGAGUUCGUGGCGGCGCGCCGCCGGGAGACUGCCACCGACACGUUCCACUGGCUGCGCGUGCUGCGUAACGUGACGGACGAGACGCCCUGGCCGCUGGUGUUCUGGCUCGGCUGGCUGCUCAACACGUACCGGCUGGCGCACAUGCUGCCCGACGAGAUCCUCCGGCAGGACGAGUGUCCGCAGCUGCAGGUGGCGCAGCUGGUCAUGGACCUGUUCGACGACCAGACGGACCAGUUUUUCGUCUGCUGCCGGCUGUGGCAGCUGCAGCGUGAGGCGCUCGACGCGCUGCCCGGCCAGCUGGCGUGGCUGGCGGCGCAGCUGGAGCGCGAGGACCCGCCGCUGGCGGCGCACCUGGCCGCGCUCGGCCUGCUGGCCGACGGUACCCUGCUCGCCGGCUGGAUCAGUCGGCUCUUCUGCGGCGUGCUGCCCAGCUCGUCGGUGGAGCGGGUGGUGGACAAGCUGGUGGCGGGCGCGGAGCGGAUCCUGCCGCUGACCGGCGCCAGUCUGCUCAUCACGCACCGGCGCGCGCUGCUCGCCGUCGAGGACCCGUCGGCGGCGCGCGCUCUGCUCGACAAGGUGGUGGAGGAGGAUACCGACCGGGUGGUCAGCCGCGCGCUCGACCUCUGGGCCAAGCAGAGCAAGGUGUGAGCGCCGCGCCGUUCGGCCGCGGCCCGCCGGCGGCGCCAUCUGCCGGACGCGGGGCGGACGUGCGCCAACGCGGCAGCCCGCACUACUGGCGCGGGCGUGGCCGUGCGCCGUUGUGGAGCGGAUGGACGCGUGACCCGGCGGUGGUUCCGCGGCUGUUUGAUGUCCCGAGACUGAGCAGAACUGCAGCGGGACGCGCUGAGCGCCCGCCGUAUUCCGGAGUGAUGUGUGAAGUCCCGCGGGAGGGUCGCGUGACUGCGGGCCGGCGCUCGCGUGGCGGUGGGGUUAGCGCACGUGCUCCGUGCGCGGUGCGGUCUGAGCGUGCGUGACGGCUGCCGUGACGCGUGACGUAUGCGUCCGUGACUGUUUGUGUGACGUGAUUGCUGCCCAGGCGGUCCGUUUUCUCCACCGAUUGAACUGCAUGGGUGCGUUUGGAUUGUGCGGGAGUCUUGCGAAGCCGGUGGCACGGGUAUUGUUUCGGUGCAAAUCGCGUGCGAUUUAUUCUUACAGACUGCCUGGAGCAACUGUCAUUGAUAAUGCUCGCUGUGAAUAGGUUUGCAAAGGUGACCGCGAUUAGCGUUUUUGUAUAGCUUUCGUGCCGCGACGCCAGUUGUCCUACUGCGGUUGGCAUUUUGUAUCGUUUGUGAAAUCGCGUGCUCUCUUCCUGUAUUAGCGUAAUCAGUAUUUUAGUGCAUGAAUAUUGUGCGGAAGGUUCUAACGUUCUUAACAGGAACCGUUUUAUGAGAUGCGUCGCAUUUUUUUUCAUUACUCAAUAAAUUGCUUCAGUUUA